CACGGCACUGGAACGCUACAAAAAUCAGCGUAACAUUCAUGCUGGCGUAACGAAACGAAGCGGAAAGCCUGUGAUUGGCCUGGUUCCUUUAUGCCAUACGCCGGUACGUCGUACGCUGGACCCAUGGGACUUCACCCUUAACUGGAGCAACGUUUAGCUCCAUUUUGUUUCCUGCACUGUGGCAUUCUUUUCCAUCCUAUCUGGCAUCUCUGCAUGCCUCUGCAACCUAUGAACUUGUGCUGUACUUGUCAGAGUUCUAGUUCUGAACCAACGCAGUUCAAGUGCAGCACUAGUUCAGCUGAAAAGAACAAACCCAUAACUUAUGUAACACCUGGCGUACUUGCUGCGUGAGUCGUCCUCGCGCGCAAUGAACGGGACUUAAGAUCCGUGACAGUCUCCGCCUCCCACCGGCCGUCAGCGGGAGAGUGGAUCACGAUCAGUAUGAUGAGUGUUGACAUUUCACGUCAAAUGUCAACGUGAGUUCCAUUGACGCUUUUUCGCCGGCGAAGUUUGCCACCACGCUUUGAUUGAUUCGACAGAUCGUCCACCUGCAAUCAUCUGCCGAUUCACAUCAUGAGUUCCUCGAUGUCGAUGAGCAAUGCUGGUCCCUCAACCACAGCUACUGGUAUGGAGACAGUGGUGGCAGUCGCUUUGGGUGCACUUGCAGCGGUCUUCCUCGGCGCGCUCUUGGUGCUCCUGGUGAUUUGUCGCAGACAACGUUGUUAUUAUAACCAGAAGGACUCUGCAGACUUGAGUUCUGACUUACUGGAAGGAGAGAAUAUCACUGGUUUGGGAUUAGACGCUUGGGAGAGCGAAGAGUGGCUGGCUGGUGCUGAAAGAUGGGUGGAUGAUGCUACUGGCUUAGCUCCACCUUGUAUAGCGGUACUGCGAUCCUGCCACACUUUAGCAGCUAGUCUCACAGCCAUCGCUGGGACUGUUAACAGCAAUACUGUACCUUUGGAAAUAGUAGACGUUGCACGACGUAUACCGCCUCGCGUCGACGAUGUCGUGCGCAGCUUGUACCCGCCGUUGGAUGCCAGACUGCUAGAGGCGAGAGUGGCAGCUUUAGUACUAGCGGUGACCCAUUUGGCGUUAGUGACGAAGCACGGGGUGCCGAAGAGCCAGGCCAGAAAGCUAGCAUUCAUUGAUCAAGCUCUCAACGAUAUGGACACGCAUCUGCUGGUGUUGAGGAACGCUGCGUUAGCACAAGAAGUAGCUUGCUCCAUUCCGGCCUCGACGCCAGUCUGAGUUUACUUCGCAGAUUUCACGAGAAUGUUGAAUCUUCUGCGAGGUAUUCGUAAUUUCCGGGUUAUCGGCCUUCUUUUCGCAAUUUUGAAUAAUGCGAUAUCGUGCAGCUGCAACGAGAACUGUAUACAGGGUGACACCGAAAAAGGUGACCAACUUCGGUACCGUAUUCUACUUUUUCCUAAGGAUAAAAAGAGGUCAUACAAACAUAGGUCCGGAAACUCUUCCUUUCCGAGAUAUAAACACUCUCUUGUUUAUGAUUGAAUAUUGUAGGAAUAUUUUUGAAGUUUACACGCAUGCUGGUAAUCAAUCUCGACCCUAAUACCAGUUUUCAUGCAACGUGUGGGCUGAAAUUAUUGGAGACUUGCUUAUUGGACCAGUUUUUCUUCCAUUUAUACUCAACGGUAGAAAUUAUAUACAAUUUUUGGAAACUGAACUUUCUAUACUAUUACAAGAUGUACCAUUGGCAACACGCACUCGAAUGUGAUUUAUGCAUGAUGGAGCUCCGGCGUUUUAGUCGAACUGCCAGAGAAUACCUUAAUAACAAUUACAAUCGGUGGGUUGACAGAGGAGAACCGAUUGCUUGGCCUGCACGCUCCCGACUUAACUCCUUUCGAUUUUUAUUUGUGGCGACAUUUUAAAAGUUUAGUCUGAUAAUAAUACUAUUGAUAGUUUGGAACUACUCAAAAAUCAGAUUACUGCCGCAUGUGACAAAAUUCGCAAUACGAGGUCUGUCCGGGAAGUAUCCGAUCUUGUGCUAUAGCAGGAGAAAGAGUUAAUUCUGGUUAAUGACGACGUCUUUUUCAAAAUACUUCCCUUUGGAAGCCAUAAUCUUCCAGCGAUCCUUCCACUGUCGGAAGCAUUCUUUAUAUUCAGCUUUUGGAUAGCUAUAAUAGCUAACAGCUAUUUUGUCACAUUUCUUCAUAUUUCCUCUAUGUCAUCAAUCUUCUUCCUUUUAGAGGAUUUUUCAAUUUGGGGAACAGCAACCUUUCUCAACAUUUCUGGAUUGUUUUCAAAUUGUCCUGGGCGACAUCCAUUCGAUAAUUCUUGUGGUCUUCCACCAGCAGAUGUGGAACGAAUUUUGUAGCCAUGCGGCUGCAUCCCUAAAUCUUGGCUUAAAAUUUUCCAAAUUAUAGCUUUUGGAAUCCCGAGGUCUUCUUUUAUCUUUCGCAUUGUCAAAUGACGAUUGUGAUUAAUUAAAACUUGAACUUGUUCCACAUUUUCAGGAGUUUUUGUCGUUACGGGCCUGCCGGAACGAGGGUCACUUUCAACUGAAGUACGACCAUUUUUAAAUCAUCUAAACCACUCUUUGAGUAUCACUUAUAGAUUCAUCGGCAUAUACUUUACGAAUCAUAGUGAUGGUUUCCAAACAAGAAUGCUCAAGUUUUUGGCAAAAUUUAGUACAGAUUCUUUGUUUGAUGCGUUCGGUCGUUAUGAAGUAUGACGCGCAUGAGGUUCAACGUUUACACAACAGCAUACCGUUGCCGACUGAACAGCUGUUGCAUCAUGCCAUUUGGUGGAGAUACUCAUGAAGGUUCCCUCUUAAAGGGAGAAAUACUUGUUUUUGAUAAUAGGCCUUCUAGGUUCAAAGUUAAAGCACAAGAUCGGAUACUUUCCGGACAGACCUCAUACACCAGGAAUUUUUGAACGUCUUCGACAGUCUCUGCAACGUCGAUGUGAAGCAUGUAUCAUUGCAGAAGGAAAUCAUUUCCAACAAUUUCUUUAAGUAAGCUUUAAACAUUCCUACAAUGUUCAAUCAUAAACAAAAAGUUUAUAUAUCGUAAAAGAAGAGUUUAUGUGACCUUUUUUCAUCCUUAAGAAAAGUAGAAUACGAUAUCGAAGUUUGGCUAUCUUGUUCGGUGUCACCCUAUGUAAUACAGUUGCUAGAUUUGCGUAAAUAUAGUAUACACAUUAAGUACAUAUGUGUAUAUAUCCUGGUGUAUUUUAUUCGGGAUACUAUCAGGAUAUGUAUACAUAUCAUGUCAUGCUUUUCGGCUGGCGAUGCGCGAAAUAGGUCAUUGCUGAUCUCAAGAAUCUCAAAGAACGCAAAGUUCAGGAUCACUGAUGCAAGGAAACUCGUCAGACAUUUCGUGUCGAUUAUCGUUGUUAUAAAAAUUGUAUACAUUACAUUUUUCGUCACGGUACACGUCGGAAGUAUAUCGCAUGAGAGUUAUUUAAAUGAUCAGUUUUGAAACGUCUAACGAAUGAGAUUUCGUAAUGUAAAGAUGUGCAGAAACGGCGGUCUUCCAUGUUGACAUAUUCCUAUAGUUAUAUAUACCUGCAUGUGUGUAUAUAUACAUACAUAUAUAUAUGUAAUAUGCACACACACACAUACACACGCACACACACACAC